AUGUGGACCUUGUUGCUCUCUUGCAGCAGCAUGUCGGAGACCUUCCCAAGGUCAUCGUGGAUGCCCUGCCGGCCAACCCCAACCCCGGACCCUCGCCAGGAGGGUAAAGAGGCUGGGGAUGUUCUUCGUAGUUCGGUGGGCAAGCUCCGGGAUCUGGGUCAAAGGAAACUGAGACUGCAGGAGGAGAUCGACGCAGCAAAGGACAACUUGCGAGCAAUGCUUCACAAGAUGCAGGACAUCCAGAAUGCCAUCGAGGAGGCAAAGGUGGAAGUCGCGAAGACCACCAAGGAGUAUGAAGACAAAGUGGUCAAGCACUGCGCGGAAGAGGUCAACAAUGGGGUGGAAUCUGUCCUGCAGGCGUUGGGCAUGCAGGAGUCCAGUCUUUCCGAAGAGCAAAAGAGGAAGCUGGAGGCUCUUAAGUCCGAUGAAGCCAAGCGAAGACGCAUGCAGGUUGAUCCGGGCCUUCCCCCAGGUCUGCCACCCUCGCAGGCAUCUGGUUUGCCUGACACCGAAGCAAGAGGCCGAAGUCGGACCCCACCAGGGAAGCCAACGGGGGGUCAAGCCCCGGGUCAGGCAUCGCAGACAGGGUAG